GGGGUGCGAAGCAUAGGGCAGCCGUAGCAGCCGAUCUCAGUCUCUGAUUCCCUCUUCUUCCAUUUUCCGGCUUUGUUUCUCUAUCCUCCCCUGUUUCCUCUCUCUCUAAGUGUAGAAUGACAGAACCAUCAAAAGUUAUCCACGUCCGAAAUGUUGGCCAUGAAGUAUCGGAGAAUGAUUUACUUCAGCUAUUCCAGCCAUUUGGUGUCAUAACUAAGCUUGUGAUGCUUCGUGCUAAAAAUCAGGCUCUUAUGCAGCUGCAAGAUGUUCCCUCAGCAGUUAAUGCUUUGCAGUUCUUUGCAAAUGUUCAGCCAAGCAUUAGGGGAAGGAAUGUUUAUGUCCAGUUUUCAUCACAUCAAGAGCUAACUACAGCUGAUCAGAAUGCCCAAGGACGAGGAGACGAGCCAAAUCGAAUACUCUUAGUCACAAUCCAUCACAUGCUAUAUCCCAUAACAGUGGAAGUGCUGCAUCAAGUAUUUUUUCCACAUGGAUUUGUGGAGAAGAUCGUCACAUUUCAGAAGUCAGCUGGGUUUCAGGCUCUCAUUCAGUAUCAAUCACGCCAGUGUGCUGUUUCUGCUAGGACUGCACUACAAGGACGCAAUAUAUAUGAUGGUUGCUGUCAACUAGACAUUCAGUUCUCCAAUCUUGACGAGUUACAGGUGAACUACAAUAACGAACGUUCAAGGGAUUUCACAAAUCCUAGCCUGCCUUCUGAACCAAAAGGCCGGUCGUCCCAACCUGGAUAUGGGGAUGCAGGAGGCAUGUAUGCACUUCAAGCAUCUGGUGCAAGACCAGUUGCAUUUCCACAGAUGGCCAAUGCAGCUGCUGUUGCUGCUGCAUUUGGUGGAGGUCUGCCACCUGGUGUCAGUGGGACGAACGACAGGUGUACGGUCCUUGUUUCCAAUCUGAAUCCUGAUAGAAUAGAUGAAGACAAGCUUUUUAACCUUUUCUCCAUCUACGGUAACAUUGUAAGAAUUAAGCUUCUCCGGAAUAAACCCGAUCAUGCACUAGUUCAGAUGGGAGAUGGAUUCCAGGCAGAAUUAGCUGUGCACUUUUUGAAGGGAGCGAUGUUGUUUGACAAGAGAUUGGAGGUGAACUUCUCAAAGCAUCCUAAUAUUACACAAGGGGCUGACACUCAUGAAUAUGCUAACUCAAAUCUUAAUCGUUUUAACCGAAAUGCUGCGAAAAACUACCGCUACUGCUGCUCCCCAACAAAGAUGAUCCACAUUUCAUCUCUAUCUCAGGAAGUAACUGAAGAAGAAAUCGUGACUCUCCUCGAGGAACAUGGGCCGAUUGUCAACACCAAGCUCUUUGAGAUGAAUGGGAAAAAGCAGGCACUCGUCAUGUUCGACACUGAGGAGCAGGCCACUGAAGCUCUUGUUUGCAAGCAUGCUAUUUCUCUUGGCGGGUCGAUCAUUCGAAUUUCAUUUUCCCAGUUGCAGACAAUAUGAUGAAGUUAACAAGGGCGUUAAACAAGUAAGAAGUGAUGGAUUCUUAAUGCUUAAUUGGGGUUGAGGAUUCAUAUUUUACAAGGAUUUUUAAAAAUGGAGAUGAUGGCGCAUACUGUCCUAAUUCUUGUAACAAUUAUUUCUCUUUGGAUUUCUCUCGUGGGAUUGUACUUCUGCUUUAGUGUUGUCUCAAUUCUUCUCGUCUUCUCCUCUCGUCUCUUCUCGUCUUCUCUUCUCUUCUCUUAUAUUUUCUCCUCUUCGUGCUUAUCGAAAUCAUUCGCAAGAUUUGUCGACUGAGUUAGAUUUUCUUUCAUGUUAUCAGUUUUGAAGAAUAGGAAGAAAGAAGAAAAGCUAACUUUUUUCUUUUCUUUUUUGAGGGUCUCUUUGUUAGGUAGUUUGUACAUGUCUUGUAAUUUGAAGCUAAUGGGGCCAUUGGCUGUUGUAAUUUCAGUUCAUAAUGCUCAACUCUCUUCUACCUCAUUUAUUGAUGAGCAUAUCUUUUGGCAAAA